UCCCAGCAAAACCUGGAGAAGUCGGAGCACUCUCGCCACCCCCGAUCCUGAUUCCCAUUUUCACACCUGUCUGGUCACCUCUCAUUGACGCGCUGGGCUUCGGUCGGGGCGCGCCCCAAGGGAGAACUCGAGACCCCCUCUUCCCCUCCGUGGGCUGAGCUGGAGGAGGCGGGGUCCACUGCCCGCCCCUCGCCGCCACCCUCCCCGCCUCCCACCGCCCCCCCCUCCCCGGCCGGUGUCGGGCCGGUGCCGGGAGAGAGGCGGCGGCCCCCGCAGCGGCCGCAGGAGGGGCGGCGGCUGUGGGUGCCGCGGGCAAUGCCCCUGACGGGCUGCUCCGGCGCCGGGCUUUGCGAUCGGCGAAGGCGGUGGAGCAGGCGGGGGGCGGCGGCUGCAGCGGAGGGGCCGAGAGCUGGCGGCGGCGGCGGCGGUCGUGAAGGGCAUCGGCGACGGCGAUGAUGGCAGUGCUGAUCUGAAGAUGGAAAGAGCCAGGCGAAGGGGAGGCGGCGGCGGCCGCGGAGGCAAGAAUGUGGGGGGCUCCGGCCUAAGCAAGAGUAGACUCUAUCCCCAGGCCCAGCACUCCCAUUACCCCCACUACGGGGCUUCAGCCAGCCCUCAUCAGCCUGGGGGCGCAGCCGAAAUCCAGGAGCUGGCCUCCAAACGAGUGGACAUCCAGAAAAAGAGGUUUUACUUAGACGUGAAGCAAAGCUCCCGGGGCCGGUUCCUAAAGAUAGCUGAAGUCUGGAUCGGGAGAGGCCGGCAGGACAAUAUCAGAAAGAGUAAACUGACCCUCUCCCUGUCAGUGGCAGCAGAGCUGAAGGACUGUCUAGGGGACUUCAUCGAGCAUUACGCCCACCUGGGUCUGAGGGGCCACCGGCAAGAGCAUGGCCACGGCAGAGAGCAAGGCUCCAGGAGGAGACCGAAGCACUCGGGACCCUCCCCACCAGUCUCCGUGGGGUCGGAGGAGCACCCUCACAGUGUCCUCAAAACAGACUACAUAGAGAGGGACAAUAGGAAAUACUAUCUGGACCUGAAGGAAAAUCAGCGGGGGCGCUUCCUAAGGAUUAGACAAACCAUGAUGCGGGGGACUGGCAUGAUAGGUUAUUUUGGCCACAGUUUGGGCCAAGAGCAGACUAUUGUCCUCCCUGCACAAGGAAUGAUUGAGUUUCGCGAUGCCUUGGUUCAGCUCAUUGAAGACUAUGGCGAAGGGGACAUAGAAGAACGAAGAGGUGGAGACGACGACCCACUUGAACUCCCAGAGGGGACUUCUUUCAGAGUGGACAAUAAAAGGUUCUACUUUGAUGUGGGCUCUAAUAAAUAUGGAAUUUUCCUGAAGGUAAGUGAGGUGAGGCCACCUUACCGUAAUACUAUUACUGUUCCGUUCAAAGCUUGGACAAGGUUUGGGGAGAAUUUUAUCAAGUAUGAAGAAGAGAUGAGGAAAAUAUGCAACAGCCAUAAAGAAAAGAGAAUGGAUGGCAGAAGGGCCAGUGGUGAAGAACAAGAAUGCCUCGACUAGAGUGAAAUUGAACUCCAUCAGGCAAAAUUUAAAAUCAUAAAUUGGCCAAAAGUACUGAUCCAUAAUCAUUUGAAGAAGUUUUUCCUCUUUUUGGGCCCUGUGUUAUUAGUAAUACCUCUAUACUUUAUAAUACUUCAAGGAGUCCGAUUUCUCAUGUUAUGUUAUACACAGAACACUAUAAUUCGUAUGGGAAUUCCCACCUUCCUAGAGCUAAAUAGUUUAGCUGCUUCGUCUGCUCCAGACUACUGAAGUAUGCAGAUCAGCACAAAAUGUGACAUUCUGACCUUCUAAAUACCAUAACUAAGAUUUACAUUGCACUAUGACAUAAUCCUGAAAAAAGAUACAUAUACUUAAUAUGGAAGUGUGAAUUACUAUUUAACAAGUUCCCCCCAAAAGUACCCCAUUCCUACUUCAUUAAAAGCUGCUAAGCUUACCUGUAGGGCCGUUACCACAGAAACAGAAAUUGACCUCAAGUAUAGUGUAAAUAUAUUUAUAAAACUACAAGUAGAAAUAUAUUAAUUAUCCAUUGGAUAACUGAAUAUUAAACAGUAACAUUAAAGUAUCAAAUCUUAGAGUUACUAUAGUAUUCUCUAACUUCACAUUUUGUGGUAACCCUACAGUUUAGCGUUGCCAUAUCAAAGUCAUGGGAGAGUUUUAAUUGGUUAUUCUAAGUUAGUUAGAAUCAAUUUCAUGUUCACUUGUGUUUAUUAUACCAUAUAUUUUUAUUGACGUUCCAAAUUUUCAGGAAUUACUUUUAUGUCACCUGACAGGGAAGCCUCGUCCUGUGGCUUUGCCAUGGAAAUCGUGAUGUUUUAGGUUUUCAUGCUAAUUUGAAGAUUAUGAGAGGUUUUCUCCCCAAAAUAUAUCAUGGACUUAAGGUGUUAUAUUUUAUGCUUCUUCUUUAACACUCUUUCAGAGGGGUUGGUGCACCAGUUCACUGAAAUUAAAAAAUACGUCUGUAAUAAUAUAUUUUAGUAGCACUUUUGCAAUUGCCACCGUUAAAACUGAGUCAACACUUCCAGUAUAAACCUGACUUUUACAGAUGUUUUAAUUUCAGGGGAGAAAAUAAAAGGAUUUUUCUAAAAAGCAUUUAGAAUAUAAAUUUUCAGACUGGGAAAAAUAUUGGUUAUAAAUAUGUUUGAAAGGAAAAUUCAGGCAUUUUCCAAGGUGCUCUUUAUAAUACUUAACAAGGUUUACUCUAAAAACAAGACUCACCCAUUUACAUGCAUUAAAAAUUACUUUCCAGGAAGUGCCACAGCAAUUUUUCAACACCUAAGCAAUUUUUUAAACAAGUGGUUAUAGUGUCUAUGUGUACCAACCCACCCUGUAUUAACUGACGGAAUUUUUAUCUGUUGAGCUACAUUUUAUUCUGAAUGAAAUUGUUGUCUUUUAUCUUGGCUUUAUUCCCCUCCCACACAAUAAGUCCAUAUAACCAUGUUUAAGGGCCAGACACUGAUUUCAACCCCCAAAUAUAGCUCUCAUUAAUGAGAGCUGGCUGCAUGGAUUGAGAUCAGAACAUAGCUCUUCUUUUAUAUGCUAUAAGUAACUCAAGGUUAUUUUAACAAUUUUUUUUCCUUCAGAGGUUUGUCCCCACAUACGUUUAAGUAAGGUCACUAGGAAACUUUAUGAUAUGAAUUAAGAAAAUUAAUUUCACUGGUUUAUGGUACUUAAAAACAAGUAUUCAGUAACCCAGACCCAUAUGCUGGUAUUGGUUUGCAGACUGUAUUUCACAUUUCCUGAAGUAGUAUGAAGGAAUGUCAUUAGUUCAUUCUAAUUGUGGACCUUCUGGAUCACUAUGGAACAACUGAAGGUUAGAAGAUAAUGUUAGUACUAGACUUAAUAGCACAUGGUGGGUGUUGAGACCCUAAAAGUAGCAAGGCUCUUCAAACAGUGCUAACUGUAAAAAAACUAUUGUAGGCUUGGUAAACGUAGUUUUGGGUAUAUAAAGGAGUGGUGUGCACUUGAAUUACUGUACUACUGAUUGUUAUUGCUGCCCAUCAUAGUGCCUAUUAAUAAUAAUCAACCUGUCAGAUUUUGGCAAACUGGAGCUGUGAAUAUCCCAGUAUUUCAGUGUUCCUAUCACUAUUGCUGUGACUGUAUACUCUCUCUUAAAACCUUCCCUUCCAAAAUAUUUAUAUUCAUUAAGUCUAAAUGAUUCCGUUUUUGGUUUUUAGUCUGAUAAUAUUUAAGUGUGUGUCUAUAUAUAUAUAUAUUUAUGUGUGUGUAUGUAAUAUAUGAUAUAUAUUACAGACACACAAUACUAUGUCAAAGAUAAAUAUCUUUAAUUUACUGUAUAUAAAUAUUAUUAGUUUAAUUUUGCACUAAUUAGUUAAGUAAAGCAUUAGUCAAGCAGCCAAAUUUUCUACAUUGUAUAUAUACUUCAAAGUUUUUACAUGUCAAAGCUACAGAUUGGAUAGAUGCAUAUAUACCAUAUAUUACGGGCAAUUGAAUACACUUUAGAAUCAUUAAGCCUUCUACCAAUCCUUUUGUUUCAUUUUCCUCAGAGUUAAUGUAUUCAUUGAAAAAUGAAAUUAUGCUAUGUUUUGAUACAUAAAAUUCCCAAUCAAUCAUUAGCCAUAAUCAAAUAAGAUCCAGUUCAAAACUCUGGUAUUAGGACAUGUAUUGCCAUGUAUCUUAUAAAAUAAGCUACUAUUCUUAUCUGUGCAAUAUACAUUUUAUUUAUUGUCAUUUGUGACAUAAAUGGAGCUGCAAGUGUACAUGGUAUUCUUCAAAAUAACAGGAUCCCUGCCUUGAAGAUAAACUCUUCAGGCAACUGGAUGGUAGAAGUCAAAAAAUGAGCAUUAAAGUUAGUAACCAAAAUUACUGUAUAAUUCUAAAACACUGAUGAUGUUUGCACAUAAUAACCUAAGCUAAUGUGGUACAGACUCAAACUGUAAUAAUAUAAGCUAAUAGUAUGAAAUUUGGAAACGGGUUCCUCAUAAUAGUUGGCAGUGUGCUCCUAGCAACUGAAAGCAGCACUAAUCUGUUGCUUAUAUGCAAAAGAUGCAAUGUAUUAUAAAAGUAUUAAUGUUCUGCCACAUUUUAUAAUUUUUCUUGUUAAAGCCCCAAAUUGCCAUGUCCCUUAAACUUGAGUCGAACACAAGCUUAUUUGCACUAAAGAGCAUGGCCAAAAAAUAAAUGACAGGGUGGAAAAGCUAGUUGGAACCACUUGAAAUAAUUGGUUCUAAUGAGAGAAUUUCACAUUUGUCUAUUUGAAAGCUAUAUGAUCCAGGCAGACAAUCUGUCAGUUCACUAAUUUAAUAAUGCACUUUACCUUUUGUAUAUAUAAGAUGUACAUUUAUGCCACUUGACAGGUGGGAUGUGUUUCAAUAACUGUGUAGUUAGAAUCUAUAGGGUGACCUCUUGCAUGCAUAUGUUUGUGUUGGAACUGCUGUAGUAACAAGUUUCCAUUAAAUCAGUGUAAUGGAGAAGGGUAGAAGAUGCUUUUGAAAUAAAUCCCAAUACAUUUAACAAAGAAUUUUAAAGUAGAGUUCAUAUUUGUAUUUUUAAGGACUAGAAUCAAUUUUAAAAAACCUAUUUCUAACUCAGAUUAAUAUUACAGUUGAGACUAUAUUUAGUUGAGACUCCCCGUAAUACCCUGAAAAUUGAUUUCGGGAAUUUGUGCUGACAAAUUUUUUUUUGAAUGAUUCUGUUUCAUUGUUGAUAUGUGUUUAAAUAACUAAUGAAAAGACAGUACAUGACUGUAUUAGAAUUAAAAGUAUGGUUGGCUGACAUGGUGUCAUUAUGAAAACACCCAGACUAAAGAAAUAAAAUUUCAAAUUGAGGAAAUGCAAAAAGCCCAAGAACAAUUGCUGAGAUAAGUAUAUUAUUUCAAAAUUUGCAGAAGAACUAACUUUCACCAAACAAAAAGGGUAUUGGGGGGCUUAGUGUAUCCUUUCAUCCUAAAAACUUCCUAACAUGUACAUUCGAAAACUAGAUGAUUGUUGCUUAAUAAUAGGUUGUAUGUACUUCACUAAGAAACACUGUGUACUAACAAUUCAUCAAGAGUAUGCUAUAUUUACUGCAUUUAUUUUAUAUCUGUGGGUAAGAAUACAUCAUAAAUAGUCAUCCUAUCUUAAUAUAAUCAUGUAUUUAAAUUGUAAUUUUGCAAAUAUUUUCAGUAAAAUAAACAUUUAUUUGAGCUGCACAAUUUGAAGAGGAUGCAAUUGGAAUAUACCCUUAGACACUCAUUUUUAACAAGCAGCUACCACUGAAAAAUGUACAAUCAUUCCUUUAGGUUUUGUUUUGUGGUUUAUUAAUAUGUUAAGUGAAUAGGACCUCAUUUGAAUUCUUAAGUGGUGUCCUGAAGAUAAUUUUUCAUAAAUGUAAGAUUUCUUUUCCUGCUUAUUUUGAAAUGCCUUUCAUUAGAACGAUUCAUAAAAAUCUGAUUUCAAGCUUUAUGGAAGGACUUUGCUUAGUCACCACAUAGUGUGAAAUCCGCCUUUACUGAAACACCAAACGUCUUUGGCAGGAUAAAAACCUAAAGUAAACCACUAAAAGAAGUUAAAAUUGAUUCUAUGCCAACAGAAUAAUACAGGUAUAAAAUAUAUCACUGCCAAAUAAGUUUCUUAAAAUCUGUCUGACGUUAAGGAUUUCUUGAAUCUCAUAGAGAAAUUAGCGGCCAAUGGCUAGCCCAUCGGAGAAAGAGAAUGAGGAUGUUAGCAUGCUGUCGAGAUGAUCCGUGGUCCACAAUGUUGUCGCAGUGACGUGCGGGGAAAAUGUGUUUUCCCCACUUAAUCAUGUGAAAACGGAGUUUUUAAAGUUACAUAGUUACUCUGUCAUAAAGUAUAUGUACCCACAUUUAUGUAGGUGGAUCUUAGAAAAACAAGAUAUUCCUAUAUUUUUUGUAUAAUGUGAAAAAAAAGUCUUUUUUCUUCAUUUGACGUGACUUUUAGGUAAUUCAAAUUUGUUUUAGUAGUGGGUUUUUCAUCAGUAUUUUUGAGUAAGAAAAACAUAAUAUUUACAUGCUACAGAUGGGUAGAAAGUAAAAAGUAGCAACCGAUGUUACCAAUUUCUUGUAUACCUUUCCAGGGUUACUCUGCAUGUACAAGCAUAUGUGUACGUACAUAUAUUCUUUUUAAACAUGCAAAUGAAAACGUGUCCCAUACACUAUCCUGUACCCACUAGUAUCAAUUUUAGAUCUGUCAUUAUGAGUGACUAUUUUCCUUUUACUUCGAUACCAUACUUGAUCUAAUUAACAUAACAUUUAUGUUAUUACCCCAAGAGAACCUCAAGGAAAUUUUGAAUGAUUCCCAUUGGUAUUUACUUAAAAUGCUAAUACUAUAUGUAUAUAUUAAUUUUAAAAUAUAUGAAUAUUGUUUCCCUCCCUGAAGCCUAACCAUCUUGCCUUCCUAUUUUCCCCCUUUCUUCCAAAGUAUUGAUCUUCUUCCUGAAGUAAUACAGAUCAAGACCGCAGGAUGUUAAAUUAUUUAAUGGUUACUUUAGAUUGUGUUCUCUAAUGAAAAUCACCCAUAUUAAAAAUGUUAACAAAUUAAUCACUUUCAGUCAAUUUUUUACUGAUUCUGUUACUAUUAUUUUUAGGAAAAAAAACGAGUUUAAGAGCAAACAAGUGCUAGAACUAUAGAAAAAGGUUAUGUCAUGACUGUCAAACUCUUUAUUUAUUAAUAUGAGCUUUUAUGUUUUUGACAAGAAAGGCAUGAGAUUAUUAAUGAAUAAUUCAUCUAACAACUUGGUCAAAUCCAGGACUAAACAAAGGGAUAAAACUAGCCCUGAUUGUUUACAGCACUGACUCCCCAUUGACGGAGCCAGAGUCUGUCAGACGUCCUUGGGACCAGAAGGCACGAUGAUGAUCUUGGGAAAGAGUAAAAACCUUGGGGUUAGGAGGGCAUAACUAAACCACUCCAUUCUGUGCUUGAAAAAUAUAAAGUAGCAAAUAUAAUUGUUUCAAACUGAAGUUAGUGUGAUGAUUAUUCCUAAAAACGUGAACAAAACUGCUUUAAUAGUUCCCCAACUCCUCCCCCCCAAAAAAUAAUAAUUUUUAUUCACACCAAAGCAGCAUUUAAGUUCAUUUUUCUAAGGACCACCAAGAAAAAUUGUUAUCUGAAAAAUUAAAGUUUCCAUACUUGAAUCCUGAAGGACACUACCUUAUUAUAAAUUAAAGUAACCAAGGUAAAAGAUCCAAUACUAAUAAGAUUAUCUUAAAGAAUAUGUGGAUUGAGAAAGAAUUUUUUUAAUGGAUUGGUUUCUGAAAUUUUACCAAAAUGUUAAAAGGUUGAACUGUAGAAUCCUACCUUCAUAAUUGGUGGCAUGAUUUUCUGUUUGUAAAAUGUGAGAGGUGUUGUUAGAAAACAGGAUCCUCUUAAAAAUAUAUUUUUAAAGUAUAAGAAAGUUUGCGUCUUUUAUUUUAAUAACAAAUAAUUAUUCUCUGCAGAAUCUGUAACAUUGGCAAAGGUUAUUGGAUAAACAUUGGAUAUUCACUUGUUUAAGUUUAAGAUGGUUUAUAUGUAUUGUUUCUUAUUUGAAGAGAGGGGUCAAAAGGAAGGUAAAUUCACCUUCAGGAAUGAGUUUUGCUUAAAUUUAGUCUAAAAAAUAUUAACUAUUUCCAAUAGUUUAUUCAACAAGUUUUACUUGUUGAAUUAUGUGCUUUGUGGUAAAUUAUGUUUUAAAAACUACUUUCUUCAAAUGUCCCUUUAGAAAAAGUUCUCACUCUUAUUGAGGCCAGUGGCAUUUACCAGUGAAGAAAAACUUACUCAUAGUGAGUUCAUUAGCACUGCUACAGUGAAGUUGGCUUAUGGUGUGACUGAAGGAAAUACUAACUUAAAUGGAAUAUACAGUUACUGCUUUAAUGUUGUUGACUUUUUGCUAACAUUGACUAGGAGUUGUCUGUCCUCUCAUUUACCCCUUUAUACUUGGCUUCUGUGUUAUUCGAUCCAAAGUUUUCAUUGUUCCCAGAAAACAUUAGGGGCAAAGAAAAGGGAUAGUAAUCCCUAAGAACAGAGUUUAUAGUGUUUAAAAGUGAGAGUUGCUCAAUGUGUGAGUUUGGAGAGCAGGGCGCUGUUGUUGGUUUUUGUCUUUAUCAAAAUUAUGGCAUAAAUCUGGUUAUUUUAUUUGAUCUGAUUAAAGUCAAAAUUUCUUUUA